AUGUCCCCAAAGGCAUUUUCAACAUCUCAGCAGCAAGUGGAGAGGAUCGCCAUUGUAGGUGGUGGCAUCACGGGGCUGACUUCCGCGUUUUACGCAAGCAAAAAGUACCCUUCGGCUUCGAUCUCACUCAUCGAGAGCUCUAACCGGCUUGGAGGUGCCGUUGAAUCGACCUAUCUACCUAUUAGCAAAGGUGCUACCACAGUUUGCGAAAGAGGUCCGAGGACGCUUCGAGCUAGUGCUCCCCGUGCUCCCACCACGUAUGAUCUCAUCGACGCCCUAGGGCUCAGAGAGUCUCUCAUAUCAGUACCCAAGAACAGUACAACCGGCAGCACUCGCUAUAUCCUGUACCCAGACCAUCUAGUCCCAAUCCCAACGUUCAACCCCAGACUAGUCCGUCGUCACAUAGCUUCCAUCCCAGCGCCACCCACUCUACGGCCCCAACAGCUAAUCACAUUACUCCGCUUGCUGGCAACGGAGCCCCUAUUCGCUAGUUUCAUAGGCGGUCUGCUGCGCGGCAUCUCUUACUCAGCACCCCGGCUCCCGGAUGUCCACGAUGAGUCUAUAGGGAGUUUCCUUGCGCGGCGCAUGGGCCACCGGGUGGUGGAUAACCUGAUCUCACCGGUUAUGAACGGUUUGUGUGCUGGCGAUGUAUACCAACUGAGUGUCAAGGCAUUGCUACCUUGCCUGUGGGAGCUUGAGACAAGAGGUGAGGAAGCAAGGAGGAAGGGAGGUCGAGGAGGUAUUUUGGGGCUUAUGUGGCAGUCUCUGACGAAAAGUGGCUCCCAAGCUGACACUCGGGACGGGUCUGCCGCUUCUGUAACUUCUCAACUUCACCAGCGGGAAGCCAUCAUGCUCAAAGACAUCAGGCGUGGCCCAGCUGGGGAGUUGGAGAGAGAUUUUGCGGACAAGAGCGUGUUCAGUUUUCGAGGAGGGCUCCAGGAGCUACCUUCGGCGCUAGAGGUAGCUCUUCGGGGAGCAAAGAACGUGAACAUCCAGAUGGGAACCUCGGUGCAAGAUAUCAGCUUUCACGAAGGCGAGGUAGUUCUUUCGAUAUCCAACCAUAAUAACACCAGCGCCCAGCGCUUCACCCACGUGAUAUGCACAACGCCUUACAACAACCUCAUCUCCGCCGCCACAGUCAACAACAACAACAACAUCCCGCCCAUGCCCGCGGCAACCGUCAUGGUCGUAACCCUAAUCUUCCCCUCCCCCUGUCUAAACCACCCAUACCGCGGCUUCGGGUACCUGAUCCCCAACUCCAUCCCCGCCAACCAGAACCCCGAGCACGCGCUAGGCGUCGUGUUCGACUCAGACGCCAUGCCCGGCCAUCACCUCUCGGACGCGUCGCCCCACACCAAAAUCACCGUCAUCCUUGGCGGCCACUGGUGGACCUCCCUCCGCCCCUCCGCCCUCCCCACCGAGUCCGAAGGCACCGCCAUGGCGCAACAACUACUACGGCGCCACCUCGGCGUCACCGAGCCCCCCAUCGCGAGCACAGUCUCGCUACAAAGGGAUGCGAUCCCGCAGUAUGCCGUCGGCCACUGUGAGAGGAUGGCGAGGCUGCGGGUGUUGCUGCUGGAGCGGUUUGCGGGGCGGCUGAGGGUGGCGGGCGCGUCGUAUAGGGGGAUCGGGGUGCACGACUGUGUGUUUUCUGCGCGGAGCGCGGUCGAGGCGCUGGAGGGGGAGGGGGAGACUGGGUUGGAGUGUUUUGCUGGUGAGGCGGGGGCCAGCGUAGCGUGA